AUGGCGCCUGCUUCAAAUGCGCUGACGUUGAAGGCCGAAAAUGGCACUCCAUACCAGCUCAGCCAUGAUCAGGUUCUGAGAGCCUCAAAGGCACUUUUGGUCCAUGUCAAGAAAAGCGAAAAAGAAGAGAAAACGUCCGAUGGCAAGAAAUCUCUACUCGAAGAUGACGAAGACGACGAUAUUGCCGCGCCAAUCUGGCUCAACCUGGCAACUAAGAAGCAUAUUGUGGAUAAAAAGCGUUUAAAGCCUAGCAAGAUUGCUCUUCCUCAUUCCCUCAACACUUCCGAAAAUACCAAGAUCUGUUUGAUCGUCGCCGACCCUCAACGAAAAUAUAAAGACAUUGUCGCAGACCCCGCGUUUCCUGCGGAAUGGGCUUCAAGGAUCAGUAAGGUUGUUGGAAUUAAAAAAAUCAAGAAGAAGCACAAUACGUUCGAAGCGCAGAGAAAACUCAAGGCGGAGCACGAUAUAUUCUUAGCGGAUGAUCGUAUUAUUGUUGCGUUGCCAAAAGCGCUUGGAAAGACAUUUUACAAGGGCACCAAACGACCAAUUCCAGUUUCACUUACGGGGUCUUCGCCUAGAACAGAUGCCAAACUCAUAGCCGCUGCUGGUGCUGCCGAUACUGCCGGUACUGCCGGUACUGCCGGAUCGAAAAGGCCGGAAGGAACACCGCAAGAAAUCGCCAAACAAAUUAAGGCUGCGUUGGAUGGGACUUCGGUGUACCUCUCACCUUCGGCGUCGACAUCAGUGAAAGUCGGGUACUCCAAUUGGGAUGCGAAGAAACUGGCCGAGAACAUUGAGGCUGCUGCGAAUGGAUUGAUUGAGAAACACGUACCGCAAAAAUGGAGGGGAGUUAAGUCGUUACAUGUCAAAGGGGAAUCAACAGCAGCACUACCGAUCUGGUUAGCGGACGAACUCUGGGUUGAAGAGGGUGACGUUGUCAGCGAGGAGAAAUAUACUGAGGUUGCCAAACCAAAUGUCGGCAAGAAGAGGAAGAAUAUUGAAGCAGUCAGCGAAGAGAAGGUCGAGAAAGUAAAGGCGCCAAAAAAGCAGAAGCUAAUUGAGAGUAAUGAUGACAACCUGGAUAAGGAAAUUGUGGCGAGGAAGGAAAAGUUAAAGAAGCAGAAGGAAGAGGCUGCUAUGGAUGUGGUUGAUGAGGUGCCAAAGGCUUCGAAAACUAAAAAGGUUAAGAAAGCAAAGGUAGCUGCGGAAUAA